AUGAGUUUCCAACAAUCUGGCUUGAAGGAAAAUAUUCACAUAUCAGAGGAAACUACUGAAUUGAUCGAAAGUUUAGCUCUUUUGCUUCGUGUUCCUCUAACAUCAUCCCAGUUGUCGAUUUGCGUGGAAUUGCUGCAAAAAGGUGUUUCACAUCGAAGUCUCGUUGACGCUAUAACUCGUUAUUCUGGAAAGGGAAACCAAUUAAACAAAAGAAUGCGUCGAAGCAAGCGGCAUCGUAACAGUGAGCUGGAUAAAGACGAACAAAAGUUACAAAUCGCAUUGCAAGAUAUCCAUAAAAAGAUGAAGUCGGUCAUUCCGUUGAAAAAGAAAGUUAAUGAAUCAUUGUCCGCCUUGCAAGAAUUAGUUGAUAAGAAUAAACUCAGUAUUGGAUGCAAAUUGAAUGGUCCUCUGCGAGGUCGGGUGUUAAACCUCUAUGAAAACGCUAAAAAAGCCUGUGAGGUGGAAUCCACUUGUGUAAGAAGACUUUUGGAGGAUAUUGAAAAAUUACGUAAAAAGAGAUAUGAACUACAACGCGGUAAUCUAGUGGGUCGUGGCGAACUGAUGCAAAUGUUGUCGCAGAGUGCUCGCACUGCUCCGCUGUGGAUUGGGCCUCCAGAUACUCAUCCACCUGCAUUAGUUGGUGCAAUUCCGGCACCUGUAUCGAUGUCUUUGAAGGUUGGUAUGGAAGUGGCCGCAUUCAUCGAUGGAAUAUGGAUGCUUGCUGAGGUAACUAGUGUUUUUGCAGCUUCAAAAUAUGAGAUUAAAGAUAUUGAUGAUGAACAAAAAGCUAAAUAUAUUGCUCGAAGAAGUCGUAUGAUUCCGCUACCUCGAUGGCGAGCAGAUCCUAUGCGUGACAGUCAUGCGCUCUUUCCUGUGGGUGCUAUUGUGCUUGCACUUUAUCCUCAAACAACAUGCUUUUACAAGGGAGUAAUCGAUCAAUUACCAGUUACAGCAAUCGACGAUUAUUUGGUUGCAUUCGAGGAUUCAGCUUUUCCACAGGGUUAUUCACCUCCUCUUCCAGUUCCCCAACGCUAUGUUCUCACUCAUAAAGUGCCAAAAAUAUAUAAACGUCGUGCUGCAAAGAAAUGA